CGAGAUCAGCUAACUCUGAAUCCGUUCAUCUGCCAAGGAAUAAUGCACGUAUUUUCAACUUAGUAUCCGAAUCUCAAAACAAGCAACCGGAAGUGGUAUAAAAAGUGAAAGUGAAACAGACGGACAGUAUUCCCCCAAAACACUGCCACCCAUGAAAGAGGGGUCCCCGAUGGGGCUGCCACACUUGAAGUUAAACAGAUUGAUUAAUCUUGUCGCCGUCAUCUGAUCAACAUACAUCACGGAAAUGGCGGCACCACAGCCUUUAAGCAAAACUUCUUACGAUCUUACAAUGAAACUCAGACAAGAGUUAAAACCAUUUGCUGGAGAAUGCAUUCCAAGUAUGCUUAACAGAUAUGCGACGUCAGGUGACACAGCAACUUUACAGCAAGCCUUUGAGGAAUUUCAAAACCUGGUUCAAAAUUUUAAAGAAUUAUCUGAAAGCUAUCCAAAAGAGCAAGCAGCUAGGAUGAAUGUCCCAAUUCGAGGAAUCAUCAAUUUAAAUGACAAAGUGAUAAUAGAGUACGAAAAAAAGACUGCUUCUUCACUUGUUAAGUUAAUGCGAACGUUCCAGGACCUGCCCAAAGAAAAAUCCAUCAGAGCUGCACAGGAAUUACAAAAUCUUAUACUAGUAAAGCUCAAGCUUGAGCAGUUGAAAAUGGGUAGUAAAAAGACAGGAAACAGACCUGUAUUUACCCGUGUCAGUUCUAAAGACACGCUGGGAGAACCAUCCAGACCUCCCCAACCGGCUACCUCUAUGGACACAUCUGACAAAAGCGAGGGCAAGAAAGCUCCUCUCCCUUUGCCACAAUCUAUGACCAGUUCCAUGCUACAGGGUCGAGAGAUGGCACAUAUGCCUAUGAUUGAAUACCAACAGAUGGUCCGGAGGCUGGAAAGCCAACAGAGGGACAUAGACGAGAUGACAAGCAGAUUAAGUCGCUUUGCCAGUAACCAAGUCACACAGGGAAACCCCAACAUCGCAGAUCUCAGUGACAAGAACCGCCCAACUAAAAUAGGGGAGAAGUUCGGCGAGUUGUACGAUUACGAAUGGUCUGAAGCGUUCGAAUCUUUCAAAGUCUUAUUGAAAAUAGAAAAUGAGGAUGACGAAAAUCAAAUAAUAAGCCAACUAUUAAGAAUUGUACAAUCUACUGUGACGUUCUGCACAGACGUGGCCAACGAGCAGCUAGAGCAACUAAAGCGAAGCCUACAACAACCAAUACGAGAAGUGUCCUCAUCAGCUGGGGGUAAACAGAGAGAUGUCCAAACCGCUAGUAUUGAGGUCAAAGGUCUUGAUUCAACCGCUGAGAAGUAUGCACGCAAUUUUCGGAAAGAAUGUGCUCUGAAAUGUGUUCCAGCUAUCACACAAUUGUACAAGAUCACGCAGAUUCAUUCACAUUUUGAGUGGGCCAGAUCAAAAUACCCUGAUCAUAUCGACAAGUACAUUGAACAUUGUGUCGAACUGGUAUGGUUGAUGAGCGUUCAGGAUCCGCCUAUGUUCCUGUCCAUUGCCGAAGCUGGCGAAAAGGUCCGAACAGACUUGUUCACUUACUACGGUCACAAGGGCAAGGUUGUUAGUACCACUGUUUGGCCGGCGGUCCUCCUGCACAAAGAUGGCCCCAUAAUCAGUAAAGGAUAUGUUCUGCCACAGUGAUACUUUUUUCGUGAAGUCACAAUAUCAAUUUUAAAUGCAGCACAUUACUUGUGUAACUGCUUACAGUCAGAACAUUUGUUCGUGAUGAUUGCUUCUAUUUUAGUACUGAAAUAAUUAUACCCAAUGUAUAUGAUAAGCUGGAUGUCAUGUGUAAGUAAGCUGGUCGAUAUGCAAUGCUGUUAAUUUUGUUUCGACCAUCCGGGACACAUUUGCUUGAUAGUUCUUGAUUUAAUCUCUGUCAUGUCGUGUUCCUUUGCAUACACUUCUCUUGGUUUUCCAUUUACUAUCUGAUUAAAGAGUUCUCAUAACCGAGAUAAUUGAUUUAUAUGGUGACUGACCUGUCUUGGAAACGUCUUAUGUAAUCAAAAAUCGUUUACCAUCAUAUUUGAAAAUAAAACGAUGAUUUCAUUAUAA